AUGGGCCCCUUAUCCGACGAGAAGCGCCACGAGCUGGCCCACACGCGCAUCGUGGGGAAGCUGUUCGAGAUCGACCCGGACGGCGCCGUGCGCGCGCUGGCGUACAUGAUGCGCCGCCGGAUCGUCAUGCCGGCGUCCCUCAUGACAGACGGCCGCGAUGGUGACCUCUUCGCGCACUACGCGGCCGUGGCGCAGCAGACCGGCAUUUACACCGCCUCCGACUACCGUAGCAUCUUGGAGCACCUGAUGAAGCAGUGGGGGGUGGAAGAGCUGGCGGCGGCGGAUCUCUCCGACGACGGGAGGCGUGCGCGGGAGUACGUGUGCGCCUUGCCCCACAAGAUCCGCAGGUUGGAGGAAAAGGCUCACGAGCGCAGCGGCCAGAAAGCCCAGCCUGCAACAUCGGCCCCGUUUAGCUGGAUCUUUGAUAAGCCUCUCAACAACAGCAUGGGGUAAUCAAAUUAUUACUUUCAUAUACCCUAAAUAUCGUUUAAAUCAUUAUUUUUCGAUCCAGCCUUUGAGAUGAAGUAUUCUUCAUCUCUACUUUGCCACUGUCGGCGCC